AUGUGCUGCACCAGGCCGCCUCAUGUUUCAGUCGCUACGAUACUCGAGAUAUCGCGACACAUGCAUAGACUUUGUCUGGAAACACCACAAACGAAAGAUUCAGAUUCCGAUUCCGAUGAGUUUCCCGCAAAACCAAAUUUGUUCGCAAAUGAGUACUGGGUCGCUCUAGAUGAGGAGAGCUGUGUUGCCAACGGCGAGCAUUAUGCUGAGUGUUCAUACGCAAAGUCACCUAGCACGAAAUUACUGACCGGAAAGUCCGUGGUUCGGACUCGACCUCUGCCUCUUGACUUCUCUUGUCUACGCUUGGGCAACCUGGCAGUAUCCCAAUCCUCGUAUUUCCUUUGGGUGGCACGUCAGCCAGGCACCAAAAUGGUGUUACAGCUGAACGGGCAUUUUAUGGUCUUAUGA